AUUUCAUACUUUAAUCCUAAUACUUUGAGUAUUUUAACAUUGACUUGACAUUAUAUAACUCAAGAUUUGGCAGUAUGCCUAAGUUCCUUCGUCUUUCUCAUGGAUGAAACAAACUACUACUACUGACAUGCUACUGACAUAUGUCAGAUAAACGUGUUGCUAGAAAUGUGCGAAGCAAAGCGUGCUAUUUUUGCUGUGUUCUGGCGGUACGGUAUACCUUGAAUGCAUGGGCAUGGAGUUAUAAAUUAAUUUCGUUAUAUAAUUUGAAGAAACAUGGAAAUUAAAUUGCUAGAUAACGGUGAUACAGACUCAAAAAAGGCAGAUCGCAGUAUUACAUCUUCGAUAUUAGAGGCUUUUGACUUAUUGAAAGCUGCUAAAGAUGACGAUAAAAUCACUGGUGGUGCUAGAAUUAUAAUACAAUUACUUCGUGAUGAGGACAACAAAGAUGAGAAGUAUGCUUUAAAGCGCCUAGUGAGGAGUUUAGGUGCUAACAUUCCUGACAUGAGGACUGGAUACUUUGCAACUCUAGUAACUGUUAUAACAAAAAUUAAAUCCAUAACAAUUGCACAACUAUUAGAUUUGGUCAGAAAAGAACUACAUGCUAACAAUUCAUCUAAAAGUGAAGUAGGUGAUGUUGCUCUAGGACAAAUCCUUGUGUGUAGUGCCAUAUUUCGGUCUGGCCUUAUGAUAAAAAGCACAGAAGAUGAACAAAAGGAAGUCCUAAAUCUCUUGUUAUCUGCAAGUAAAAAGAAAUCUUACCUAAGCACUGUUGCUUUUCUUAUACUGAUGGAUUUUGUUAAUCUUCUUAAUGAAGAUGAAUUCACUUCAAUUGUUUGGUCAAAUCUAAAACAAGAAUUUAAAAAGGAUAUAAAAGAUCACAAUCUUGACAGCCUAUUUUUUCUUCUGAUAAUUUGUAAAAAGUUUCCUAAUAAGGUGAAAUUGAGAAAAUUAAUUGGAGUUUCGGAAGUUAUUUGUGAUGACACUUUGCAGGAUAUAUCUGAAAAGCUGAUGGCUGGCAUUGAUUACAAUUCAGUAAACCAUCCCAUAUAUGAAGUAAUUGGUGAACAAAUGGCAAAUUCUCCACAUUUACAGCAGUUUUGGAUAUCUGGUAUUGACAGUCAACUUUCCAAACAUAAUAGAAAUAGAGAAUUGGUUACACUCAACAUAUUCAAAGCCAUUUUGAGUAAUUUACGUGAUAAUAUUAAUGUUUUGCCAGAAUUGAUUAGUACAAAUUUUUUCAAACUGUUUAUGGACUGGUUUAAGGGAUUGCAAACAGUAAGUAAAAUAAGAAAUAAAAGGGAUGAUGAAGAUGAUCAUAAAAUUAUGAUAAAAAAAGAAAAAGAAAUACUAAUGAUCCUUGCUAAAGCAAUGAAGUUUGAUAAUGUUGACAAUAAAAUAAGAGUGGAGGUCUUAAAUAAACUUUUAUUAAAUCCUGGAGAGAUUAACUUUACAGAAAUAACAGGCACAUCUCUUAUUAAAUCAAUAAUUGCUGAUUUGGAUAAAGAUGGUGUUAAAAAAAUGGCUAAAAAGUUCAAAGGUAUUCUUUUAAAUACUACGAAAAAAUAUGUGAAGGAAGAUGUUGAGCGGAAUUGGUAUAAUAAUGAGAGAUUAAAAGCAGCUGAACUUAUUUCGUUUUUGGUAAUCCAUGAAGCUGUAAAAGAUGACACUGAUUUUAAACUAAAUUAUAUGAAGUUACUAAUGUGCUUUGGAUUUUUUAAAAUUGGUAGUGAUGAAAGUGUAGCUAUCAGUAAAGAUUUGGCUGGUGCCAUAAAGGCUUGUUUUUACCGCUGCUUCACAUCAAAAUUCACAAAUGUUGAUAGUUUAGUAUUCGUUUUAUCGUCACUUUGCAAUUUCAUUACCUCAAGCCUAGACAAGGAACAGAUACGAAUGAAAAUAGAAAAACAGUUUCCUAAAGAAAGUAUGGAGUGCUGGGAAUUGUUAAGUGGAGUAACUGAGAAUAUAGAGAAUAAAGAAUCUAAGUCAAAAGUUGAUAAAGUAUUCCUUGUUUUACUAUAUCAACUUGGCCUUUUUUUAUUCUCAGAACCUAUUCAUGUUAAGGUAGCCAGGAGUUCUAUCAAAGAACUAAAAAGCUGCUAUGACCAUUACAGGAAAGAAAAUAAAAAGAAAAACAAAGUUAAGGAUCCUGAAUUAUCAGAUGAACCAGAAUGGAUAGAAGUGUUGAUUGAAGUUCUUUUAUCAAUAUUAUCUAUUGAAUCAAGUGUUUUAAGAUCUGUUGUACAAUGUGUAUUUAGACUACUAUGGGAAUUUCUCACGCCCACUGCUGUUGGUCAAAUAGUUUCAGUACUGGAUCCAGAGAAUGAAUCAAACCCAUUAGCGAAUGAAAGCGAUUCAGAAAAUGAUAGUGAAUCUGAAAGUGACAAUGAACAAAAUGAAGAUACAAAAAAGAAGAUAUUGGAUGACAGCAGUGAGAGUGAGGAUGAAGAUGAUGAUGAAAUGAAGACCCCUGAGCAACUUAGAAUGGCUGUCCAAAAAGCAUUGGGCUCUGCAGCUACUGAAAGUGAUGCUGAGAGUGUAGAUGCUGAUUUGAUAGAUGAUGAAGAAGCUGAUAAAUUAGAUGAAGCUUUAGCCGAGGCUUUUAAGCAAUUUGGGCAAAGUAAGGGAAAAAAUAAUAAAAAAGACAGAAAAGACAAAAAGAACUUAUCAGAUUUUCGCAUAAGGGUUCUUGAUCUUUUAAUAAUAUAUUUAGAAAAAGACCCUUCAAUGGAUAUUUGCCUUUCUAUGAUUGCUCCAUUGAUGAGGUGUUUAGAGUUUUGCAUUCAAGAUAACCAAUUUAAAGAAUUAGAAAAUAGAGUCAGAAAAACAAUCAAAGUACUUACAAAAGUAAGAAAAUUUUCAUCUACAGAGGGCAUCACACUCGAAAUUUUAUGUGAUUAUUUAAAAUCUACUAUUGACAAGGGUGCAAGAUCCCAAUUUUUAUUUCAAGCGGUUGGUGAUGUUAUUACUUUUUUCGCCACAUUUAUAGUCCAUUGUUCAAUUAAAAUUGAUAAUAACACUACUAAAUCCAAGAAAAAACAUGUGAUACCAAUUGCAGAGGCUUUAAAAGACUCCCUGCACAAUUAUUUUGUUAACCGUAACUGUUUGCUACCCAUCAUAUUUUUCCAUAGCAUAUUGCAGAUGGAAUGGGAAGGUAAUUUUAUUCUUAUGCCUAUAAUUAUAGAGCAUGUUUUCAACAAUCAAGUAAGACAAUUCCGACGUAAUGAGGGCUUGGAUUUGAUGGUAGGUUUCUAUCGUGCAUUAAAUAGGAACAAACCUACAAACAUAGCAAUACUCUCUAAAUUAUCAAACUUAGAAGAGACCUUUGAAAAAACAAUAAAAAAUAAUUUUCACAAGGAAACUAAUUUUGAAGUAAAACAUAAUUUUAUUGUACUCUUAAAAAAACUUAUCAAUACAAUGAAAUCGUUUCACGAAAGUUGUCAUAUAAAAACCAAUCUCGAUUUUCAAUCGUUAUUAGACAUUAUAGGGUCCUAUAAAUGUACAACAAAAGGUAAACAGAAUAACAUGAAAAAUGAAGGAGGAAAUGAAAGUAAUAAAACAAGAUCAAAUAAAAAAAGGCGAAAGUUGGAUCAGAUGAAUGGACAUUCUGAGCUACAAAAGAAAAGAUUACGAAAAGAUUCAGUGAAUGGUGAACGUUAAAAGUAAAAUAAGAUAUUGUCAUUAAUUUGUUGGAUAAUUAAAUUUGUUCAAAUUAUAU